AUGCCGAAGAAAUUCGCUGGCGAAAACAGCAAGGCUGUUGCUGCAAGGCAACGAAAAGAGGAUGCGAAACAGGAAAAGGAAAUUAAGUUAAAGAAAAUGGUGGAAGAUGCGGAGUGGGAUGACAAUGAUGAAAAAUUAAAAAAGAAACAGCAGAAGAAGGAGGCAGAAGAAAAGAAGCGUCAAGAACAAUUACAAAAGAAAGCAGAAGCUAAAGCUCUUCUAGAGAAAGAGAUGCAGUCUAUUAAAGCUAAUACAAAGGCAGCUCCUCCACCCCCCAAGAUUACUAGGGCACAGAUAGAAAAAAUAAAGGAGAAAUCUAUUAAAGUUGAAGCUCCUAAGCCAGUGCCUACUAGAGUUGUUGUAGAAGAUCCUCCAUUGGAAGAGAAUCUCAACAGACUAACACUUGAUGGAGAAGUUGCACAGUCCGUGGAUGAAGCCAUCUCUAUUCUCAGUGAAAAGUCAGAUAUGGACAGGCACCCUGAAAAACGACUAAAGGCUGCAUACACAGCCUUUGAAGAGGUGAAUCUACCAAUCUUAAAGGCUGAGAACCCGACUCUGCGGCUUUCACAACUCAAGCAGAUGCUAAGAAAAGAAUGGGUGAAAUCACCACAAAACCCACUAAACCAGAAGUCUUAA